GGGAGGGGUGACAAGGAACCCUGGCGGGGAGGGGACGCGGAGGCCUUCGGGGGGCCGACCAACCAGACGGCCGAUGAUGUCAUCGGGGGAGGAGACCGAGUAUUUCGCCCCCUACGGAGCAACCACGGAAAGCAAGCAACAGCAACUCCAGAAGAAGCAGAAGCGCACCAGACAGCGCGUGGACGCCGGCGAGCCGCGCAACAACUACUCGAGUAUACCGCACUUCACCUCCCGGCCAUCCUUCCACGGCGGUGGUCUGUACGGUUCUAUCUUCGGUGGCAGCGGGCCAACGCAUCAACAACAACAACAACAACAACAACAGCAGCAGCAGCAACAACAACAACAACAACAACAACAACAACAGCUCCAGCAGCAACAAGCUGGAGCCGCAAGUAGUCAAGGUCAUUUAGGUACAGCUACGACGGGUCCUACCGCUCAGCAGCAUUCCGCCCACGCGGCUUUCAGCUUCUUCGGGGCACCGGGUUACGGCCCCGCCAAGAUGUUGAACGAGCUACUCGGACGACAGGUCAAACAGGCCAGUGACGCCGGUGGCUCACCGCCAGAGGGCGGCCACGGAAUGACUGGUGCCGGCAUGGACCCAGCCGCUAAUUUGCAAUCCGGUGCUGUAGUUAAUUGCGACGAUCCCGCCACCGCCGAGCUCACGCAGCACAUGCUCCGCGACAUACUCCAAGGGCGCAAACUCUCGGCGCGCUCGAUUCAAGAACAGUCGAACAACAAUAACAGUAUACACAGCAACAAUAACAACACCACAGCGGAUUUACUUAAGUCUCAACAGCAACAUCAACAUAGUCCUCAACAAAAUAGUGAUAGUGCACGUAGUGGAACAGUGCAGAGUGGUGGAGAGGAGAGUGGUGAUGGGAAUAACGUCGUGAAUAAUGCGAAUCACAGUGAUCGUGAUACCGUGAUGCCGGGCGAUGCUGAGGAUAGCGCCGAGGACGCAGCCGCAGCCGCACGUGCGAUGGAAGAGGCGUUCGCCGAAGCUGGUAUGGAGCCUGGGGCCAAUCUGGAUGGAUCUGACUGCGAACAGAGUUUACCACCCAGUCCCACCCAACCAAGGUCAGGGUCUGUUUCCGUCAAGGAGGAGUUGCAGGACUCGUUGAACAUCAAACGUAGUCCUAGCCACUCUCCUUGUCCGAUCAUACCCAAAACGGAGACCAGCUCGCCAACUACGGAAACUAAACGAGCACGUGUUGAGAAUAUCGUCAGCACGAUGCGCAGCAGUCCAGCCCUUCAGUCGGUCACGGUGAACGGUUGCAAGAAACGUAAGCUCUAUCAACCGCAGCAACAGACCGUGCAUCACGUUCUCCAACAUGGUGUCAGCGAUACCAUGUUAGACGACGAAGAGGUGAACGAGGAAUUAGAAGAUCCUCUGACGAUCAGGCAGAAACGCGAGGAGAAGGAUAAUCUUCAGUCCCAGUUGAAAAGUCUACACGAACAAUUAGCCGUGAUGCAGCAGAAGUAUGAUGAGCUUACGAGUAGAAUCGACUCGGACAUUGGUGACAUCGGUGCACCUGCGAGUCCUCAACCACCGAUUAAACCACCACGACCUCAUCCACCAUCGUACAACGGACUCCCGGCCCUUCCGACCGAACAUCCGCAUGCCGCGGCAGCCGCUAUGUAUCAUAUGGGACACAAACUCUACCUCGAACAGCAACAAGCUGCUUUGGAGAGAAUGAAGCAGCACCAAGAGGCUGCUGUCAGGCAACAGCAACAGCAGCAACAACAACAACAGCAACAUCAACGACAAAGUUCUCCACCACCCCCUCCGAGUCAAGCGCAGCAACAGAGCCAAAGCAAUACCGGCCCGUCCACGCCGCAAACGCCGCAGAUGCAGGCAGGGAGUACUCCUCUUCAGCACAAAGAUUUCCAAGAAAGGAUAAAUAUGUUCAGAGGAGCCGCUGCAGCUACCGGUUCGUCGGGUUCUCAUAUCACGGACGAGGACCUGCAAAGUCUAUCGGAUACGUUGAAGGUGGAGAUUACCUCGUGUUUGACAAGUCUGGUCGAUAAAGUAGUAACCAGGUUCGUGCAACAGAGGAGGUUUCUUGGUAAACAAAGUGAGGCGGCGCAAGUCGCUGCCGAACAGCUGAACAAGGAUCUCAUGUUGGUGAACCAAGUACUCGAGAGAAAAUCGCCUAGAACGAAAGUAGUAGAUAGAGCAGCACCACAACCCGGUGGCCCAAACGGGCCACGGGGGCCCCACAACGGCGGGCCCCCUCCUCCACAAUCUACGGGUUUCCCUCAACUCGUUACCAUGGGUGGUGUUCCCCACGGUCCUCAUUCUGGCCCCACGGAAAACAAUCUUAAUCAAAUGAAUCAGCUGCCUCCGCACGCGAGGCCGAGUGCUGGAAUAUUUCAGUCGUCAAAACCGCCGACGAUAUAUGCUAUGGCCUCCAUGCAGGCGCAACAACAGCAGCAGCAACAACAACACCAGCAGCAACGGGAACACCAGCAAAGAGAACAACAGCAACGUGACCAAUACUGUAACAUCAGGGGAGAAGAAAGAGAAAGCAGGGACUCGGAACAGAACGAAGCCCUCUCGCUCGUCAUGACACCGAAGAAAAAACGCCAUAAGGUAACGGACACGAGGAUCACGCCGAGGACAGUGUCCCGAAUCCUGGCGCAGGAGGGUAGUUGUUCGCAAGGAGGCAGUGAGAGUCCACCGCCCCCACCUCCACCAAGAUCGUAUCAUGCGCCUCCACCGAUGCUGCCAGUGUCUCUGCCAACCAGCGUAGCGAUACCGAAUCCAAGUCUCCACGAGAGUCAAGUGUUCUCACCGUAUUCGCCGUUCUUCAACCCUCACACGGGUCAUCCUGGUCAGGUACCACCUCCGGGUCCGCAUCAACUACCUGCGAGUCCUCCUGGUGGAGGUGUAGAGCUCAGGGAUUCCCCUCCACUGCCCCAUCCGCCGGCUAUACUACAUCCUGCCUUAUUGGCGGCUGCCCAGCAUGGCAGUCCGGAUUACGGACAUCUCAGGAUAGACAGCAACGACCGGCCCGGCGAUUGCAACUCCGGGACCAUCAGUUACGACGGAAUUCAGCCUACAUCGUCGACGUUGACGCCGAUGCAUCUGAGGAAGGCGAAACUGAUGUUCUUCUGGGUCAGGUACCCGACCUCGUCCAUCCUCAAGAUGUACUUCCCCGACAUCAAGUUCAAUAAGAACAACACUGCACAGCUGGUCAAGUGGUUCUCCAACUUCCGGGAGUUCUACUACAUCCAAAUGGAGAAAUACGCGAGGCAAGCGGUUUCCGAAGGUGUGAAGAACGUGGACGAUCUUCGGGUCGGUGGUGACUCGGAAAUCUAUCGAGUUCUCAACCUUCAUUACAACCGAAAUAAUCACAUUGAGGUACCAAGCCACUUCAGGUUCGUCGUCGAGCAGACGCUGAAGGAGUUCUUCAAGGCAAUCCAAGGUGGCAAAGACAACGAACAGAGUUGGAAGAAGUCCAUCUACAAAGUGAUCGCGAAGCUAGACGACGCGGUACCGGACUAUUUCAAGACCCCGAACUUCCUGGAUCAGCUCGUAUGAAUCAGCAGGUCGCGUGACUCUUGCUCUUCGUGGUGCGCGGGCUCGUCAGCGCUCGUCGGCUCCCGGUAAAGUCAGAAAACAGAGAAUGAACAAACGAAGAUGGAACGGUCAGCGAGGAAGGAUCGCAUCCGCCAUUGGAGGUACACGUCCUUCGCGUAAAAGCGCGUUCAGGUAUCCUUAAAACUAACAUAUCGCAGAACGAGCGUGAGAGAGAACGUGAGAGGGAGAGAACGAUCGAUAGAAAGAAAAAAACGUUAGGGAGUUAUUAGACGAGGAAGAAGGGAGAGUACACUAAACGUUCGAACCGAACGAACGGACACGCGACGAUACGGAGGCAUCGAUCAUCAAACAAAAUGGACGAUGAGGAGUGCCGACGAAGGAUCAGGCUGUGACCUAAUCACGAGAACAACGUCCACGGGCGAGACGGGUUGGAUAUCUUUCACGCUUCGUGCCUUUUUAAUCACCGAUCACCGAUAGUUGCUCGCUGAUGAUCGGGACCCACGAGUUACUAGCGAGGCCACGAACUGUCCAGCCUGUCCUCGCCGCGGACGAACAUCGAUACGACGACGGUUCUGGGAGGAAGCGAAGAAACAGGACGAAAGCGUGGUCAACGAACGGCAAGGAAUUACACACAACACAUAAUAAGCUUCGAACGUCGAGUAUUGUUUUCGAUUUGUUGCGUAACACAACAGUUCACCGAUUACCGCCUAAUUUUAAGACCCGAGUUAUUUCCGAAUAGACGCGUAAGGCAAGAAAGAGCAUCCGUGAACCGUGACGACGAUCGAUCGAUGGGUGGCUUUCGUUCAAGCGAACAGAAUAUGUAUUCAGUGGGUAUGCUACUGUUUUGUCCAUAUUUAUAGAAGAACCGGUAAAUACAUACUUAUAUCUCGUGUGAUGGUGAAGCAAGAUCCGCUGGACGGAUCCUCCGCAGCUUCCGCUCGAGAGGCAGAAGAGGAAACCUUCUCGUGGAUCUUCGGGAACGACUUGUAACGAACGGUAAUCCACCCUCCGUUCCGAGUCGUUUCGAGGCGCUACAACGAUGGCCAGUUUCACUUGGCAUUCGUCACGCUGCGUACCUUUUGGUCCUUUUUUUUCACGAGGACCCUUUGUUGCUCGAUCGAACGCACCCUCGUCGAAGCGUCGCCCCGGCAGCGUUCGUUUCAAGCGCGAUCACUGCAACAUCCGCUCGACCGAGCCAAAGAUGAUUAGUUGUUUCGGAGGAAUCCUAGGAUGACGGUUCGUACCGAAUCGGACGGGAACGAUCCAGCCGAUUUAUUUUCAGCGGAAGUGACCGUCGUUUAAAGACGAAACAGCCGACCGGCAAACGGGACCACUCGUCGCCGGUCUUUUGCGUAUCGAUCCUUUUAUGUCUUUAAGUUGUACAUAGAUUUCUUUGAUCGUCAGAUUGUAAUGAAUUCGAAAAGAAAAAUCGAGACGCAAAUAUUAAUUCGUACGGUAAGAAUUUCUAAAUGACAUUCGUGGAAACAUAAAAUCCACCUUUGGACGUUUAGUUUUUAUCAUCGAACGAUUAAAUCCUCGGGUUUUCUCGUGGGAACCGAAAUUAUAUUCGCUGAUCGACGAAUCAGACGAUAAACGGAUUCGUAUUACACACGUUUACGUAGAAAUGUUUUUUUUUUUAAUUAAUGGUUAACCGAUAUGUAAACGAGGUUAGGCUAGUCGCAGUGACAGGAGUACGAGUAACAGGGACGACGAAAUAAAGGAAGUGACGAUAUUUUAAGAUGAACAAAUCGAGAAUCAUUUGCACGUGAAAGAGAAACAUCGUCGAAUAUAGAAGGGGGAGAUCAAUUUUGAGAAAGAGACUAAAAAUACAAUCGUACGCCGGUGCGUAACUAUAAUAAAGUAGAUUAUAUUAAAAACUUAUAUAUAUAUAUAUAUCUAUAUAUAUACAUAUAUAUGUAUACAAACUAAUAAAUAAAUAUAUACAUGCCUGUGUGUAUAUAUAUAUUUAUGUAUAAAGAUUAGAAAUAUAUAUGUAUAUAUAUAUAAUUGCAUCAAAUUAUAUGUAUAUAAUAUUAGACUUUAAAACAAAAGACGAAUAUUGGCGCGAUUAAAAUUGCGUAAAGAAUGCGUGACAGAGGAUUAGACGACCAUAACCUCCCUUAUUCCACUUGUACCCGACCUAUCACACUCACACACAUACGUGACAUACGUACACAUCCUACCCACCCCCGUACACACACAUACACGUACACGCGUACGCACACAAAGCGAUUACACUUUACAACCCUCAUUGUACAUACAAUACACAUAUGCACGGUUUAUUCGCGAGAAAUUCAUUACUGACGCGUAUAUGUGUUUUAUCGCCGCAAAAAAGUUUCUUUUUCGUUGAACGAUUUUGUAGAUACGUUAUCGUACGAUAUAGUAAUUAUGAUUACACCGUGUAUCGUGGGUGGUAGCGAGUUAUUGUAACUUAAAUUGAUUGCCUUUUCACUAUUAUUAUUAUUCCCGCUAUUAUGUGCACUAUUAUUAUUAUUAUUGAAAUAUUAUUGCUAUUAUUAGUUAUGUUAUGAAUAUUUUGUGAGAAUGCGACGUUUUAUCAAUUGUGAUUGAUUUAAUUCGUCCUGAAAGCCCUAAUUCUCAUCCAAUUUUCACGUUGCAAGAGUGUCAUCUAGCAAUACGUGCUCCCUGUUCACGAAGUUCCCUGUCCUUAUCUUUUUUUAGCGUUUCUUUCUCCCCUUGUAUAUUUAUAAGCUUAAAUCUGUCCUUAUUCCCCAUUCCCCUCUAUGUUCUGGCAUUUUAGUUACUAUUGUAUUUAGUUAUUGUAUCUCUACGAUCAUUAUAAUUAUUAUUACCUAUUAUUAUUAUUAUUAUUAUUAUUAUUAUUAUUAUUAUUAUUAUUAUAAUUAAGCAUGAGUUAUGCAAGUGUACACGACAAAGAGGAGAGCAAUCAACAGAGAGGAAUACACAGAAAACACACACGAAUACACACGUUUCUGUAUAAGCGGUGAGUCUUAACCUAGUCACGAGUCACUAAUGUUUUAAUUUUAACGAUCGAUUUAUUGAUUAUUAUUUUAUUUAUUAUCUACGAGAAUAAAAACGACACAUUAGACUCUGA